CAUUUGUAUUUUCUUCUAAACUCAUUAAAAUAUUUCAUUUUAAUUUACUGAAAUUUUCUUGAAAAAAGAGGUGCAAACUGAAAACGUCACAAUUCUCUUUAAUUUAACCUGGCAUCACAACUUUUCGGUCUUCUUCCAGCUCAAACAUGGCAUCUACGCUGUACACUUACCCAAACAGCUUUCGGGCCCAGAAAAUACUGAUUGCCUCCCAGUAUAGCGGCUUUUCUCUGAAAGUUGCCGACGACUUUGUUUUUGGCGAAACUAAUAAAACAGAAGCGUUUUUAAAAAAAUUUCCCAAUGGCAAGGUUCCAGCUUUAGAAACUUCCGAUAAAAAAUACAUAUCCGAAAGCAAUGCCAUUGCUUUCUAUGUGGGAAAUGAGCAGCUGAGAGGUGCCAAUGUUGAUGAGCAGACUCGUAUUCUGGAAUGGAUAAAUUUUGGAGAUCAUGAAAUCAUACCUUCAGCAUGUACGUGGGUGUUCCCUUGUUUGGGAAUUAUGCAGUAUAACAAACAAAGUACUGAAAAAGCAAAAGAAGACAUCAAAAGGGUCCUUAAAGUUCUUAAUGAUCAUUUGCUGACAAGGACGUUCUUGGUUGGAGAAAGAAUCACCCAAGCUGAUAUCAGCGUGUGUUGUAACUUAUUGUCCUUAUUCCAACUUGUUCUUGAACCUUCCUUUAGAGCUCCUUAUCAAAAUGUAAAUAGGUGGUUCAAAACUCUUAUAAACCAGCUACAAUUCAAAGCUAUCCUAGGUGAUGUGAAGUUGUGUGAUAAGAUGGCUCAGUUUGAUGCAAAAAAGUUUGCUGAAUUGCAACAGAAAUUAGGUGGCGAAAAGCCUGCUAAGCCAAAGGAAGACAAACCUCAGAAGCCAAAGGAAGAGAAAAAAAAGCAAUCCAAACCUAAACAAGAAGAUGCUGAAGAACCAGAUGAAACUGAACUUGCAUUAGCACAAGAGCCAAAAUCCAAAGAUCCAUUUGAGCAAUUCCCUAAAGGGACCUUCAUUAUGGACGAAUUCAAGCGUGUGUACAGCAAUGAAGACGAAAGUGUAUCCAUCAAAUAUUUCUGGGAAAAAUUUGAUGCUGAAAACUAUUCUAUAUGGUAUUGUGAAUACUUGUAUCCUCAAGAGCUUACUCUCACCUUCAUGAGCUGCAAUCUCAUUGGAGGCAUGUUUCAAAGGUUGGAUAAAAUGAGGAAGAAUGCAUUUGGAAGUGUCUGCUUGUUUGGAGAGGAUAAUAACAGCACCAUCUCGGGCAUCUGGGUGUGGCGAGGACAUGAAUUAGCUUUCAAACUCUCUGAGGAUUGGCAAAUUGAUUAUGAAUCUUAUAGCUGGAAAAAGCUAGAUCCCACUACUCCUGAAACGAAGAAAUUAGUCUCCGAAUACCUUGCAUGGGCUGGCGAUUUUGGAGGAAAGAAAUUCAACCAGGGGAAAAUAUUUAAAUAAUUCUGUCCACUAAAUUAACUUGCAAAAUUCCUCGAACUAAUAAAUUUUGUCCAAUUUGUAA